UCUUGCGGAAGCUGCGGGCGACGUCACGACGCGAUCACGCAAGCCCAGAGUCACAUGAAUCGUUUCAUAUAGAAAAUGUUUUUUUGUGGUUGUUUUUAUUUUUUUAAUGUGAUGUAGCGACUUCUGGCCAUUUUUCCAGCUGAGAAAACUCUCGCAAGUGAAACAGAAACUGCAAUUUAAUCUGACGCAGGAGUUAGAAAUCGAACAUGGACGAGGACGGGCUGCCAAUUGUGGGGUCUGGAGUUGAUCUCACCAAGGUUCCUGCCAUUCAGCAGAGAAGGAUCGUGGCCUAUCUCAAUCAGUUUGUUGUCCACACGGUGCGGUUCCUAAACCGCUUCUCCACAGUCUGUGAAGAGAAACUUGCAAACAUAUCUCUUCGCAUACAGCAGAUCGAAACCACUCUGUGCAUUUUGGAAGCCAAGCUGUCCUCCAUUCCCGGACUGGAGGAGGUCACAAUAGAUGGAAUGAAUCAGCAGCAAACCACAGAGGCUAAUGGUCCAACAACUGCCAGUCAGAGCCAAACCGGCGGUCCACCAAGAGAGACUCUGCCACCCCCAGAGCCUGCUCCGACCGCACCAGAAGCUGCACCCACGCCGAAAGCAGAAGCAGCCGCAGAGAACGUCAUGACAGUGGCCAAGGACCCACGUUAUGCCCGAUAUCUGAAAAUGGUUCAAGUGGGUGUUCCGGUUAUGGCCAUUAAGAAUAAAAUGGUCCUAGAGGGUUUGGAUCCCAACUUGCUUGACACACCGGAUGCCCCGGUUCCUGACGGAGGAGCGAGGAGCUCAGAGGAUCAAGAUGUAGCCGCCACCAGCUCCGACAGCGAAUCGUCUUUCAGUGACUGACAUCUCUCCUGUGUCCUCCGCGCCAGAAAAGCUUCCUGCAAAGGCCGUCCAUCGCUGUCUGAGCUUCCUUAGGGCCGUACGCAGGAGAGGACACGUUCGCAGCGUGCCUGUAAAGGAGCGCCAGCCAGAAGGUGCAGGUGUAGGUGCCUGCAACAGAAAAUCUAACCAGAGUGAUUGUAAUUUCAGUCCAAAUGAGCUGAAAUGCUUCUCUUGUCGGUCAAUCCGAUCUCCAUGAGUUUGAUAUAUCAUAAGCAUUUUUGAUAAAUGAUUAUUCGUUUCAAAAGGAGGAAACAAUUUCCUCUGUUGAUUAUGUAAGAUGUAGUACUCGCAACGUGACGGUAGCAAGUAAUCUUUCUACGAAACCUAUCAAGUAGUAGUUGUAGGUCUUCUGUGGUAUUGACAUUAACCAUCACAGUCUAAUACCUUUAAGAGAUCACUUGGUAGUUCUGUCUCUGUUUGUUACAGGGUCCCGGUAAAUUUGGAAAAAAAAUAUAUGUCGGAUACUUUGGAUGAUUUAAAACGUGCUUUGUGAAUCUGUGUGUUGAGGCCAGGCAGGAAAAAUAUCACAACAAUCUUGUUCCAGCAUCAGUGCCCUGUAUAUCCCGUCGCCUCAACGGCCUGUUUGGCGUCAAUCGCAAUGGACUGCAAAAUAACGCAAAGUCACGUGAGCAUUUUUAGCCGGCGUCCUGGACGAAGUGCCCGUUUCUCUACAUUUCAAAGCAGAGCUGCCGUGGGCAAAAGCAGUGGCUUUUCUGUUUUCACAUAUGAGAAAUGCACAAAACAAAAGUAACACAACUUAUCUCUUAUUACCGGGUUUGGUAAACAAGCUGCUAGUGGAAGAAUAAUAUGCGUUUCCAGUGUUUCACCUUGUUUACUAUUGCAUAGAAGAUUAGAAUUUUCUUACUGAAGUGACCACGUCAGAAGAGAGACAACUUCAGUAGAUUCAGUGUAAAGCCACUGUUGCUGUAACAUGGUUGAUUUAGACAAAAUUAGUGGCUUUGGAAAGUAUUCAGACCCCUUCAGUAUUUGCACUUUAUUGUACCAUAGAUUUAGUUUUAAAUGGAUUAAUAUUAGUUUAUGGCCAUUAAUCUACAAACAGUAACUAGAAACUUUUGCACGAGAUUAAAGAUUCGAGAAUGAAAUCUGAGUACUUUCCAAAGCAGCUGUAUGUGUCUUGGAUUUAUGAUAUAAAAAUCAAUAAACGAUGAAUAGAAA